UGUUCCGUAAACAAAGUUUUGUACGGAACACUAAAAAAUGCGUACUAGUACGUCGCAAUUUCAACUUCUAGUUGACUACAUGCAAAAGUAAGUAUCUAUGUACUUUAACUUUAAUUUGAGUUAUACAGUCUCCCUAGUUUAUAAUAAUAUGAUGAAAUAUUUUAGUUUCAAGUGGUUAGCAAAGUAUUUUAAGGUCCCUCUCAUCUCAUGUGUUAACAGGCAUGGUGACCUUAGCAAACCCAGCGAUGGGCCACAUGGGAAGGAGCUCAAUACCCGACGGUGGGCUGAGGUGACACAACUUUUGAACGCGGAUGCGACAGGCGUCACCAAAAAUACAGAUAAGUGGAGAAAGGAAGAAGUAACUGAACUGGCUGUACUACCGACACUUGAUAAUGAUGACAGCCCAUCUAUUUUUAUACUACAUGAUGAGUUUGCUCAACAAACUUGUUCCAAUGUUGAAGAUUGGAAUCGGCCAGGGACAUCAGCUCAACCCCCAGUUUUUCCACCCUUACCUGUGGACAGGAAUAACCAAGACUUGGCGGGCAGAGAGGAGCCUGGAAUAGUUAACAGCCCAGACAGGAGUGAGGCCGGCAUGACACAGGCGCAGGAGCCUGCGACUCGGGCCGCGCGGAUGGCUGCUGGAGGCAGGCAGCACGCGCCGCAGAGUCCUACGCCCUUACCACUUACGCCACGGCGGCGGCGAACACGUCCGACGCCAACAUUCUCCUCUCGUACUCGUACCCAGACACAGUCCGAUUUGGCAAGGCAAGCCUUCGUCAGGUCUGACUGUGAAUGGCGAAAUUUCCAAAUGGAGGCAGAGCGGGAGAGGAAUAGGUUAAAAGAUUUAGAGAUAAGGAUGCAAGAAAGGUGGUUAGAUUGUUUUAGUCAAUUGUUAGUAUUGGGAAAUAGAAUUGUAAGUCAUUUGGAAAAAAAAUAAAAAUGUUAUA